AUGUAUUUUGAUAAGGAUAAUUCCACAAGCCCUAGGCCGUUACUACCAAGUGAUGAACAAAAGUUGAACAUCAAUCUUUUAACCAAAAGGGGGAAGUUCUCACAUUUAGAUCCACGUUUUGACACAAAAGCUAUUCCACAAAGAAGCACUUCAAACAGAAAUGUUGGCGAUUUACUUUUGGAAAAAGAAAGGAGCACUAAACCCAUGAUUCAAAAGGCCUUGACCAACACGGAUAAUUUCAUUGAAAUGUAUCACAAUCAACAAAGAAAAAAACUUGAUGAUGACACUAUUAAAGAAGCAAUGAUUAGUGACGAAAACGGAAAAACAGUUGCAAAUGCCAAUGGCAAAAGCUAUGACGACGAUUACGAUAAUAACGAUAUUAAUGACCAGAAAACUUUGGAUAAUAUAGCGGGAAGUCCCCACAUGGAAAGAAAUCGGAACGAAGCAAAUAUUGGAAACGAAUCUUCAUCCCAAAAAACAACUCCUAUUAAAGAGUCGCCCAAAAUCCAAAAAAAUAUAGUAAAAAAGGGAAUAAAGGACUUUAAAUUCGGUAAUGUAAUAGGUGAUGGUGCGUACUCUACUGUAAUGUUAGCGACAUCCGUUGAUACCAAGAAAAGAUACGCUGCAAAAGUGCUAAACAAAGAAUAUUUAAUACGCCAAAAGAAAGUGAAAUAUGUCAGCAUAGAAAAAACUGCCCUGCAAAAGCUGAAUAAUUCUCCUAGUGUUGUACGAUUAUUUUCUACUUUUCAGGAUGAAUCAAGUUUAUAUUUUCUCUUAGAGUAUGCCCCAAAUGGGGACUUUCUUUCUUUGAUGAAAAAAUACGGUUCGUUAGACGAAACUUGCGCAUGCUAUUAUGCUGCACAAAUAAUAGAUGCCAUAGACUACUUACAUUCCAACGGUAUUAUUCAUAGGGAUAUAAAGCCAGAAAAUAUUCUACUAGAUGGAGAAAUGAGGAUCAAACUGACUGAUUUUGGUACUGCUAAGUUACUGAACCCUAUGAACAACAGUGUUUCGAAACCAAAAUAUGAUUUAUCAACAAGAUCAAAAUCUUUCGUUGGAACUGCGGAAUACGUGUCGCCAGAACUGUUGAAUGACAGUUUUACUGAUUACCGCUGUGAUAUUUGGGCCUUCGGAUGUAUACUUUUCCAGAUGAUUGCUGGAAAGCCACCAUUCAAGGCUACCAAUGAAUAUUUGACCUUCCAAAAGGUGAUGAAAGUUCAGUAUGCUUUUACGCCGGGUUUCCCACUGGUUAUCAGAGAUUUAGUUAAGAAAAUCUUAGUGAAAAAUUUAGACCGAAGACUAACGAUAAGCGAAAUCAAAGAACAUCAUUUUUUCAAAGAUAUGAAUUUUAGAGAUGGCUCCGUUUGGACAAAAAAGCCUCCAGAAAUCAAACCAUAUAAAAUUAACGCUAAGUCAAUGCAGGCGAUGCCAAGCGGAAGCGAUAGAAAACAGGUGAAAAAACCAAUCACCACACUUGCCAAACCGCACCAAGCAACUCUAAGGUCAGCUUCGAAUUCCUCUGUUGAGGAAACUGCUCAUUCAAUUAUAUACAAUAAUAGCACCCAUGCGUCUACCGAAAGUGAGAUAUCAAUAAAGAAGAGACCCACUGAUGAAAGAACAGCGCAGAUUCUUGAAAAUGCAAGAAAGGGUAUAAACAGUAGAAAAAAUCAACCAGGCAGGAGAACUCCAAGUGGUGCAGCUUCUGCCGCCCUAGCAGCUUCUGCCGCCUUAACUAAAAAAACCAUACAAAGCUAUCCAACUUCUAGCUCGAAGAGUAGCAGAUCAAGCUCACCUGCGACAACGUCAAGGCCAGGAAACUAUAAACGUACUUCGUCUACUGAAAGUAAACCCUUUGUUAAAUCUCCACCUUCGUCAGCAUCUGUUUUGUCGUCAAAGGUACCGAUACCUCCAUAUACUCCCCCGAUGUCCCCCCCUAUGACACCAUAUGAUGCAUAUCAAGUGACUCCCCCCUACGCAACAAAACAGAAGGAUUAUUUCGAUGGUGCGAUUGCAGCGCCUAAGCCUUCUAGUAAGCAAAACGUUAAAAAAAGCAUGGAAUCUCCCUUGAUGAACAAGCAAGAUAUACAAUGGUCUUUUUACUUAAAAAACAUCAACGAACAUGUACUUAGAGCUGAAAAACUUGAUUUUGUUACCACGAAUUGCGAUAUCUUAGAGAGAAAAAUACUUAAACUAAAUGGUUCAUUACUAGAUCCUCAACUGUUUGGUAAGCCGAGGCAGACUUUUUUAUCCCAAGUAGCUAGGAGUGGGGGGGACGUUACAGGUUUCCGAAAUGAUCCAAUUAUGACUGCUUAUUCCCAAACAGAAGAUACUUACUAUUUGAAGAACAUUAUCGAUUUGCAGCUCUUGGAAGAUGGUUAUCGAAUUGAAGGUGGUGACUUAUCGGAAUUGCUUACUAACAAAAGCGGAGAGGAAUAUAAAUGCAGCCAGAACAACUCACCAGUGAAAAACGAUGAUAAAUCCGAACCCAACAGUAAAGGAAGCUCUGUUUUUUCUGGCAAAUUUAAAAAAUUAUUUCAUCCUACGACAGCAUCUGAGACGCUCUCUGCCUCUGAUGGUAAAAGCAAGUAUUACAAACGAACUAUCGUAAUGACAUCUUUUGGGCGCUGUCUAGUAUUUGCUAAGAGGAGGCAGCCAAAUCCAGUUACAAAUUUAAAGUAUGAACAAGAAUAUGACAUUAAUUUGCGUCAACAGGGGACGAAAAUAAAAGAGUUGGUCAUUCCCUUAGAAAUGGGAACUAAUCAUAUGGUUGUGAUCCAAACACCAUACAAAUCAUUUCUCCUGAGAACUGACAAAAAAACCACAAGCAAGCUGUUCGCUGUUCUCAAGAAAAUACUCAAUUCGAAUACAAACAAGAUAGAGAAAGAAUUACUGCAAAGAAAUCAAAAAAUAAUUGAAAGGAGAACAUCAUUAUCCGGGAGAGCCCUACCUAAAGAUCUCCCAACUUCCAAGUCUCCUUCGCCAAAACCCAGGCCGCAUAGCCAAUCUCCAUCUAUAUCAAAGCACAAUUCGUUUUCUGAAUCUAUUAAUAGUGCGAAGAGCAACAGAUCAAGCAGAAUUUUUGAAACCUUUAUCAGCGCCAAGGAACAAAAUUCAAAAAAGCAUGCUACUCCAGUACCGUUAACCGGUAAGUUAGUUAACGGGUUACCAAAGAGGCAAGUUGCUGUGGGAUUGGGUCUAAACACAGGAACAAAUUUCAAAAACUCAUCUGCAAAAUCGAAGAGAUCGUAA